AAAAAAUGUGCAUCAAUUAUUUUAAAUGGUCAACUUAGUGCCUCCCCCCCAGCCACAGUGCGCGACAUCCAAUCAGCGCGAAAAUGUCCACCACUUUGUGCAACACAGAUGCCAGGCAGUAAACACAAUUAAGGCGACUGGGAGACAGCGUCAGAGUCCGAGUCAGAGGCAAAGCCAGAGCAGCGCAAACGUAAUUCGGGCACCGCGAACCAGUUUCCAGUUUCUAAUGCCAGUCCAGCAAUCGACAGGCACACUCCACCUCCAAAUGCCACCAACUGCAAAAUAAAAGUUAUAGCCAAAAAAAGUAACAAAAACCUAAUAAUAAAUACGCCUAAGCUCAAAUUGUUGUCAGUUUUGUGCGGCUUUUUUGUUGAUUUAUGUGCGCGAUUAAAGGAAACAGCGACAGAAAAGUCCAAAAAGCAGCGACAGAAUACGAUAAUAAAUAAAUCCGUGAAGCUGCAGCCCCCCACCCUUGCCCACCCCCCACCGUGAGUGUGUUGUGUACCUAUGAAUGCAAAUCAAGCGAAAAACAAAGCCAAAAGGCAACAGCUGAUAAAACGCCAGAGAUAAGCAGCAGAACAAGGAUAAAUUCCCGCAACAUGGAUAAACCCAAUCAAAUGAUGCCCAUGGAGUUGGAAAGACCCAUCAGCCGGACGCCGCUAACGCAGAUCUCCUAUCUGCAGAAGAUACCCACGCUGCCGCGCCACUUCUCGCCGAGCGGCGGCUGCGCCCAGGGACUGCCUCCACCGCCGGCCCUCGCUGGCUGUGGCUCCGCCUUGGGCCUGCCCAGCAGCUCCUCUGCCAGCGCUCUGUAUGCCGCGCAGAAUGCGGGCAUGCUGCCCACCUCCCCGCUGCCGCUGCAACGCCAUCAGCAGUACUUGCCGCCGCACCAUCAGCAGCUGCCUGGAGCCGCACUUGGACCGCAGUACUCGCCCGCCGUCUCGGGCUGCUCCUCCACUGCCAAAUACUCGAAUGCACCGCUGCCACCGCACCACCAUCAGCUGUCCCCAGCGCUGUCCACGCCGUCGCCGCCCUCGCUGCUGCAUCAUCCCGGCGCAGGCACGUCCUCUGUCUCGGCACACGCACCCUUCCUGGCCGGUCCACACAUGGACAUGCAGCGGCAGUCGCACUCGGACGAUGACAGUGGCUGUGCGCUGGAGGAAUACACCUGGGUGCCGCCCGGACUGCGACCCGAUCAGGUUCGCUUGUACUUCUCGCAAAUACCCGACGACAAAGUGCCAUACGUCAACAGUCCGGGGGAGCAGUAUCGUGUGCGACAAUUGCUGCAUCAACUGCCGCCGCAUGAUAACGAGGUUCGUUACUGUCACUCACUGACGGAUGAGGAGCGCAAGGAGUUGCGCUUGUUCUCCACACAACGCAAGCGGGAUGCCCUCGGACGCGGCAAUGUGCGACAGCUGAUGAGUGCGCGACCAUGCGAUGGGUGCGACGAACUCAUCUCCACGGGCGACAUUGCGGUGUUUGCUACGCGCCUGGGACCCAACGCCAGCUGGCAUCCGGCCUGCUUUGCGUGCUGCAUCUGCCGCGAACUGCUUGUGGAUCUCAUCUACUUUCAUCGCGAUGGACGCAUGUACUGCGGUCGGCAUCACGCGGAGACGCUCAAGCCGCGCUGCUCGGCCUGCGAUGAGAUCAUCCUCGCCGAUGAGUGCACCGAGGCGGAGGGUCGUGCCUGGCACAUGAACCACUUUGCCUGCCACGAGUGUGACAAGCAGUUGGGCGGCCAGCGGUACAUUAUGCGCGAGGGAAAACCCUACUGCUUGCACUGCUUCGAUGCCAUGUUCGCGGAGUACUGCGACUACUGCGGCGAGGCCAUUGGCGUGGACCAGGGGCAGAUGAGCCACGACGGGCAGCACUGGCAUGCCACCGAUGAGUGCUUCUCGUGCAACACGUGCCGCUGCUCGCUGCUGGGACGCGCCUUUCUGCCGCGACGUGGCGCCAUCUAUUGCUCCAUUGCGUGCAGCAAGGGCGAGCCGCCGACGCCGUCGGAUAGCUCCGGCACCGGCAUGUACACCACGCCCACACCGCCCACGCAGCGUGUGCGGCCGCAGACGCGGAUCACCAGCAGCCACGCCUCCAGCUCGCCGCCCAUGUCGCCGCAGCAGCAGCAGCAGCACCAAGCGAGCUUCAAUCAGGCGAUGUACCAGCUGCAGAGCCAGCAAAUGGAAGCGGCAGGGGGGGCAGCUGCAGCUGGAGGCAGUCUCUUAGGGCUGGGCGGGGAACUGUCCCUGCUGGAGCAGUCCAAGCAGAGCCAGAGCUACGCCACCUCCGACUCGGAUGCGGGCGUGGUCAAGGAUCUGGAGCACUGCCGUGGAGGCGGCGCGGACUUCACCGACUUCUCCAGCACCUCGCAGAAUCUGUCGCCGCUGAACUCCCCCGGCGACUUCCCGCCGCACGCGCUCAUGCCGCAGCCCAUGGAGCUGCAGCGGGACGGCGUCUACAACUUCAACGAGAUGUCCUCGAAUCUGGAUGCCGCGUGGCCCGCCAAGCCACCGCUGGGCGCCACACACAGCUACCAGCUGCAGCGGCAGCUGCUCGAGCACUCGCACACCUCCAGCAUGCCCGAGCUGGCGGGGAAGGGGCCAAUGCUGCAGCACUUUGCGGGCCAGCAGCAGCAGCAGCAGCAGCAGCAGCAACCAGCGUUGCAUGCCUCCGCGCAGCAGUUUCAGCACGAGUAUGCGGACAUCCUGCAUCCACCGGUGGCUCCCGGGGAGCUGCCCGAACUGCCGACGCCCAACCUGAGUGUCGCUUCCACGGCGCUGCCGCCCGAGCUGAUGGGUUCGCCCACAAACUCCGCUGGGGAUCGCUCGCUGAACACGCCCCUCUCCACACAUACAGCCACCCACCCCGUGUCCAUACUGAGCGGCGCCUCCUCCUCGUCGCCCAUGAGCGGGGAGCCGGCGAAGAAGAAGGGCGUCCGCUUUGAGGGCAUCCCGGACACGCUGCCACGCUCCCGCAGCUACUCGGGCAAUGGAGCGGGCACGAGCCAGGAGACGCGAGGCGACAAGGACAGAGAGCGGGACAGGGACAGGGACAAGGAGCGGGACAAGGAGCGGGACAAGGACCGGCAUGGAGCGGGACACUCCUCGCGGCGCAGACGCCGCCGCAAGUCCACCAGCGCAGCCUCCGCCUCCGCCUCCUCCUCCACCUCCGGUCACCAUCAUCGCAGCGGCAGCGGCCAUCGCUCGCACUCCACCAGCCGCGCAGACACCUACGCCCCAGCACAGCCGCUGUCCUCGUCCUACCAGGGUGCGCCCUCCAUGCUGCAGGCGGACAGCGACUCCCCGCACAAGGGGCGGCAGCCCAGGGAGCCGCGAGAGCGCGAGGAGUCCGCGGAGGAGUCGGACGUGUGCUCGACGUGCAGCUCGAGCUCCUCCAGCUCCGAGGACUACAUGAUGAUGUACCAGCUGCCGCAGCGACGGCACUACGGCGGCGUGCGGGUGAGCUACGUGCCCAACGACGCGCUGGCCUACGAUCGCAAGCGGAAACCCGCCGAGCUGGCCGCCGACAAGGACAAGAAUUGCAUCAUCUCGUGAUCCCUGAGGGCGUUUUAAUUAGAGUCGAGGAGCGGCUGCAGAAACGGAGGGCAGCGUGGCAGCAGGAGCAUUAUUGAUGAGCCGCCUCGGGGCAGCUCCACUCGCUAACGAAGCAGCCACAGAAGCUGCAAGGGAUCAUCAAUUCAGAGCGGAACGUGGAGGAACGCAGCGGAGGGGCAGAGCAGGGAGAGAAACGAGAUCCCGAGGAUACAAUACAAUAAGAGCCAAGCACAGGCGGCGGCUCAACACUGUUCCAAAUACACACAGCCCUAGUUUAGGCCAAGCAACUAAGCAAAUACACAACUAGUUUAGGCCAAGCAACUAAGCAAACAGAACCCUACCUAGCGCUAGUUUAGGCUACGAAAAACUUCAAACUGGCAACUGGAAAAACUAUUUCUAUAUACGCAAACAUUUAAGCAGCUAAAAAACUAUUUAUGCAGCGGCAAAGUACGAGUUUUAAGCUAUAAAUUUAAGCAUAAAUUUAAGUACAAU